AUUAUCUAAUUAUAAAUUGUUAUAUUACAUUACAUACAACAUUACAACUGUUAUAUUAGGUUUCUGUAAUAUGGCCGAAGGUAAGACAGGUCAUGUUAAAUGAGAGAUGAGUUUGCUUUUGUGCCGCGUUACAUAUCUUAACUUAAAAGAAGAUAGAUAUAUAAUCCAUCAUUAGAUAAAGAGAGAAAGAAAAAAAAAGAAAGAAAAAAAGUAUAAACACGGACUUUUGCUUGUAAUUGCUGCUCCGAUUGCUUUAAAUAACAUUGUUAUUUUUCAAUUAUCUAUAUCAGCCUUAUCAUGUAUUAUGCCUAUUAAAAUUUCUGCAAGAGAGAUUCAGAAUCGAAAUCGUAUGUUCGUGGUAUAGUAAUAACGGACAAGAAAGUCUCUGUUUAACCUGAAAGAAAAGCUUCCACUCCAAAAAAAUAGGAAUAAGAACGUAUCUUAAAAUGCGGUUUUUAUUAUUAUUGCCUGUUAUAUUAAGUAUCUUAAGUGUCAGUACAGCAUGGCGUACUUUCUUAAGAGGUCGAAGUAAAGGUGGUAACUUAGGAAAACCACCUGUAUCCGCUGGAACAUUGCUUCCUAAGGAACAAUGGUUUACGCAGUAUCUAGAUCAUUUUAAUCCAACUGAUGUCCAUGUUUGGAAACAAAGAUAUUUUGUUAAUUCUGAUUUUUAUAAACCUCAUGGUCCAGUGUUUUUAAUGAUCGGAGCUGAAGGUAUAGCGAAUCCUGAAUGGAUGGUUGAAGGUCAAUGGAUUGAAUAUGCCAAAGAACUUGGAGCGAUGUGCUUCUACCUAGAACAUCGUUUUUAUGGAAAAAGUCACCCUACUUCAGAUCUUAGCGUAAAAAACUUAGUGUACUUAAGCUCAGAACAGGCAUUAGCAGAUUUGGCGUAUUUUAUCGAGAGUGUUAAUAUUGGUUACAAAUUUUCGAAUGAUACAAAAUGGAUUGUAUUCGGAGGAUCGUAUGGUGGAUCAUUGGCAGCUUGGGUGCGUGCCAAAUAUCCUCACUUGGUGCAUGGAGCUGUGUCAGCUAGUGGACCAUUACUAGCCCAGAUUGAUUUUGAUGAAUAUUUUAUCGUUGUUGCAAAUACUUUGAGAGCGUAUUCCGAUAAAUGUGUUAGUACAAUACAAGAGGCUAAUUCGCAGAUCAAUAUAUUGUUACAUCAUACUGUUGGUCAACUGCAAAUACAGAAGAAAUUCAGAUUAUGUGACCCGAUUGAUCCUGGGCAUACAAAAAGAGUAGACAUUUCCAAUUUAUAUGAAACAUUGGCGGGCAACUUUGCUGAUAUUGUACAAUAUAAUAAAGACAAUCGCAAAAGUUCCAAAACAGCGAAUAUUACUAUUGAGACAUUAUGUGAUAUAAUGGUGGAUGAGAAAAUAGGAAAAUCUAUAGACAGACUUGCCUACGUAAACAGUUUGAUAUUGAAUGCUACCAAAGAGAAAUGUUUAGAUUAUAGAUACGACAAAAUGAUUCAUGAACUUCGGAAUAUUACUUGGGCUAGCGAGCAAGCAGAAGGAGGACGCCAAUGGAUGUAUCAGACCUGUACAGAAUUUGGAUUCUUCCAAACUUCCACUGGACAGUCUGAUGUGUUCGGAAAUAGUUUCCCGGUGAAAUUUUUUGUGCAGCAAUGCGUCGAUAUCUUUGGACCUAGAUACAACAUGAAUCUAUUAGAAUCUGCUGUCAAGCGAACAAAUAUCAUAUAUGGUGCGUUGAAUCUGCAAGUGACAAAUGUAGUAUUUGUACAUGGUUCUAUCGAUCCUUGGCACGUGCUGGGUAUCAUACAAUCUUCCAAUCCACAAGCUCCUGCCAUUUAUAUCAACGGCACUGCACAUUGUGCAAACAUGUAUCCUCCAUCCGAGAACGAUAUGCCUCAAUUAAAAGAAGCUAGAAUACAAGUAAAAGGUUUAAUCAAGCAAUGGUUACAAAAUUGAAGCUCUCUUUAGCGUAAUAUGCAUUACAUGUGAUAAUAAAUAUCAUAAACAUUAAAUAAAAUGCCAAUUUUUUAAAUAUU